UUUACAUCGAGAGACAUGAGUGUAUCCAAGUCUUCGAAAAUGAAGAAACUCUUUUUAAAAGCAAAGUCGCAAGAUAAGGAAAAUAAUGAUGCUGACAGUAGUAGGACUACGACUAGAGAUGAACUCUCAAGUCCAAAUUCUAAAGUUAAAACGCUACCAUCCAGUCUUGUCCUUGCAAGCCGAAAAGAUGAGACAGUGACCAAGGAUGUCGACAGUAAAAGCCCGAAAGAAAAGAAGAAAAGACGCUUUUGGCAAUCAAAAAAGAAAGUCGCAAAGGAGGAAGGGAAAGACUGGAAGGAUACUGACGAAUUUGACUCAGUCAGUCAGAUGAGCUUUGAUCAGAUGAGUGUGCAGACAGAGUGCAACGGGAGGACAGGGUCCUGGUCUAGCCCCACACACUCCCACUCUUCUUCCACCCUGAGUCUGGACAUGGCUGACCUGUCUGGUUCAUUUUCGUCCUCUGUAAGAUCCAGAAAGAGCUCAGGGGGGAAAAGUGUCUUGAAGCGACUUGGGAGUUUGUUCAGGAAGAAGGGCAAAACUGCAUCUGAGGGGUCGGAAAGUUCCUCAGCUCCAACCAGCCCCUCAAGGCCUUCUGGAUCUGAUGAAGUGAACAAUCCAUCGGGUUUACCACCAGCAGAAACAGAUGACCAGGUGUUCCUUACAGAGUACUGGGAACAAACAAGCUUGUGUAGAGGGAGCCCCAGCCUUGGGAGUGUGGCUUCUGUUGUCCUCGUUGGAGGUGACUUGCCAUUCGCUGACAGUGAAAAUAGCAGCCAGGGCAGUGUGAGAGAGGUACAUGUAUGCAUGGUGAAAGACCCUGAGACAAGUCAGCAGAAAAGACUGGCCUCAGAGGUGAGUAAGAAGCUAGAGGUGUAUCUGCAGGAGUCCAGCGUGACCAGUGCAGGGCAGUCAGACAGUGCCCCUCAAACUGUUGAGAGGACUCUUCAGAAAUAUGUUGUGGAUGUUUCUGGCAAGACGACUGAUACUUUGAAAUCUGCUGUCUCAGGGGGCACAGAGUAUAAAAAAACAGUUUUGAGACCUGCGAUUGGAGGCAGUGGGAAAUACUCUGCUCUCACUGGAGUGAGACUUGGAUCACAGUCCGGCGGACGGUCAAGCUCUGACAAUCUGUCAGAGGACGAACCAACAAGUGACGCCAUGGGAAAGAAAAACUCAGGGAAACGGGGAAAAUCCCGAAGGCUUAGUGGUAGUUCUCGUGAGUCUGUCACACCUACGGGAGAUUCUCCGAACACAGGGGUGAUGGGAUUGUCUAAAUCCUCACCUGUACAGAUACACAAAGCAGUGUGGGUGGAAACUCACCUGGGGGCGGGAGAGGCUGAUGGUGAGGACUCCCCUUGCAACUCAUUUGUCCUUGCCAUACCUGUCUCUGUCAGCUCAGUGGACAGCUUACCAGAUCUUGGAGUCAACAACACAAGUGCUCCGGUUGUCUCACAGGCAGGGAACAGUGAGCCUGUUUUGACCACAUCAAUAACACAGAUCUUGGAAAAGCCAGAGGCGCAUGUGACCGUUGUACAGGAUUACAGUACCAUAGACACAGCAAAGAGUGUUGCCACACAGGACAUAAAAGCUGAAACCCUUAAGGAAAAACGCAGGAGUUUGAAACUGUCUGAGAGCGAAAUAGUCUUUGCCAAGAAAGUUUUAGUCAGCCCACAGACGAGUGUGGAUGGGGAUGAACAAGCCAAGACAGAGGCUGUUAAAGAACCAAACACUGAUACAAAGGCUAGGAUCCCACUGGAGUUGGAAGUGAAACUUCUUCCCAACCAAAACGUGACAGUAGAAAUCGGCCAACCCCACCAGCAGACAUGUGAGGAAGGUGUGUCUAAGGUGGAAAUUAGCUCAACUCAACGUGUCAGCAAGGAUAUAAAGAGUCCAACUGAACCAUCAAACGAGCAGACUGGAUCUGAAGCCUCUGGAGAGGAGCCACAGACAACAGAAAUGCCGAAGACACAAUCAAACAUUGGAGGUACAGGAGUCACCACUCGGAUGAAACCAGUUAUUCCAUGCAAACAGUUAGAGAAAGCAGGGACUUCCUCAAAUGCAACAACUGCAGCGAAGGGUUCAGCCCCACCAGUAGCACCAAAACCAAAAGCUGUUUUGGCCCGUGUAAAGAGCUUCUCUGAGGCAGUGACAGAUGAGAAUACUCAGUCAGGAAAGACUUCUCCUAAUGGCAGUGAGCAAACAGUAUGUAAAUCACCCACAAUGAAGGAUCCAUCUUCUCCAACCAACAAGAUUUCUGACAUUAAAUCAAAAAUUCCCAAAAAGUCAGCUCCUGAGGUUCUGCCAAAACCAAAGAAAGCAAUUUCUGUGUCUCAAGGGCCAGAGAUGGCUGCAGCUAACACAGAUGAGAAGGCACAGACUGAGAAAAAGAAAGUGUUGAACACAGUUGAUGUUGUCUUGAAGGAACAACCUCCUAUACCAUCAGAUAAACCUGAAACAAAAACGUCCAGGAAACAUCAGGAUGACGAUGCUCCAUCUCUGCCCUCACGGGCUAUUCAAAGACCAAACUCUCCAUCAACUAAAGAAAUCAAGUUAACACCUAAAUUAAGAAAGCAAAAAUUCCAGGACACACAGAUCUCCGAAGCAAAACCAGAAAAUUCUUCAGCUUUAGCUGAAAAUAGUCCCAAGGAUGAUUCUGUGACAGUAAAGCCAAAGGAUGAACUUAACAGGUCAAAAGAAAGCCAGAAGCCUAAAACAACAACGGCAACUCCUAAUGAAAAAAGUCCAGCAUCCAAGAGUAGGCUACCAAAAGCCUCAGACCAGGUGUCAGUCAAGAAAGUUAGUGAAAGCAAGCUCAAAACAACUGAGAGUGAUAGCAGAAUUUCUAAAGCAGCUGGCAGCAGAACAAGCAGUGCUUCUUCAAUGCCAACAACACCAACAAGUCCAACAAAGCCAGAGCUUACUACCAUGAAAGAAAGGUCAGCAAGGGAAACCUCUGUACCAAAGAGUCCAAAGAAAAUCAAGACAGAUUUAUCCCCGACAACACCGACAAGUCCAGCGCAGCCAGAGCUUACUACCACAAAAGAAAGGUCAGCAAAGGAAACCUCUGUACCAAAGAGUCCAAAGAAAAUCAAGACAGAUUUGUCACCAACAGGAAGUAAAUUGCCCCGGCAGCUCCCUAGUAACCCCCCUAUACCGCUCUCAAAUGAGGAUGUUGCUCACACAGAAGGUGAGUCACUUACUCCACCCUCACCAGUGGACACCAAGCCAGAGAAGCAUGACUCAUAUAGGGCAAAAAAAACAGUGAGUGACAGUAAAUCUUCCAAAUCUGAGCAAGCUGCUGAGAAUGUUGUGGUGAAGGAAUCACGAGAGUCUAAACCGAAAAGUCCUCUUAAAGAACCAAGCAUUUUGCCAUCAUCUGAUAAGAAGUCAUUGCCACCCUACCCCAAAAGUGCCCCCAGAUCUAGACCAAAAAAGGACCUCAAAAAAAUGGAACAAACCUUAGAUUCACAGAAUUCUGCUCAAACAUCAGAACAGAAAACAGUAGAGGCGGAACAGGCAAAGAUAGAACUCAGUCUACCCAAAACCACAAAGAAGUCUGACACUACUGUUGUGGCAAGCUCUGAAAAUACUUCUACAAAUAUCGCUGCCAGUGCUGAAAUUGCCAAGACUUCUAGCACAGGAGAAACUAAACCCAUAUCAGACAGCUCACCACCAGAAAAAAAAGAUUCACAAAUAAGAGAUCACCUGACAAACUCAGAUAUUUCUGUGUCAUCAGAAGCUCAAAAAAGCAUACCUGUAUCAGAAGGAUCUCCUUCAGAAAUCAGUGGUCUUCAAAUGAAAAUCCAGCAGAACAAAUCAGAUGGGGAUAACUCAGACAAGCAUAUUAAAUCCAUUGCAGGUACACCCUCAGAGAUGGACAGUGUUAAAUCAAAUCUUACUUGUGAGAAAAUCACAGUUAAAGAUAAUCUAACUGAGUCAGUGAAAGACAUGCCUGUUUCAGUUGAAGUAAAGGAGAUGUCCACUAAACCUGCUUCAAUAGAUACCAGCCCCCAUGCCACUGAAAUUCCAGGUAUCCAGCAAAGUGACCAACACAUCAUAAAAGCAUGUAAAUCCACAGAAGAAUUUCCAUCGAAAGCUAAUCAGAAGACAGACAACAAAGAGCAGCCUGUGGAAAAUGGUUUAGACUGUGGUGUCCACACUGCAUCCAAAACUGUGACCACAGUGGUCAAAUCAGAGAAAGAGUGUGAUGCUGAUGAGAAAGCUAAAGGUUUGGUUGUAGUUCAAAUGAGUGAACAGAGUGAACCAGAGAAGCCAUUGAAGAGAACAACACCAGUGACGGUGCAUGAUAAAAGUAAAAUAUUAAGCCCAGGGACAUCACACAAUCUGGACAAAGUUGGUAGUAAUACAACAGCAGUUGUAAAAACAACUGAAAAGAUGGGAAAAGGCUUGGAGGCUCAAGCUACAGGGAAACUAAUAAAAAAUGGCAAAGUUGCAGCUGAGCAAGAACAUCUGUUGCUGAAAAAGAAUGUCAAAUCUCAAUGUUUAGAACAGAAGACCAACCAAGGAGACAAGCAAAGUCUUACAAAUGGCAAUGCAGGAGUACAAACUAAAACAAAGAAUGAGUCAGAUGCACAGAAUGGUGACUUAAACAAACCUGAUAAGGUAAGUCCACAAUCAGAACAGGUCCCUCAUCAAUUUACAGCUCACAAUCUUCCACUUGUUCCUAAAGACUUGUUGACAAAUCACGAGGCUCCUUCCAGCUGGUUAGAUGUGGACAAUAGCUUUACUAAGAAACAGAGGAAUAUGGAAAGAAGAAUGGACUGUUCUGCAAGUGAUGACAACAUCCAAGACACUUGUAAUGAUGUAGAGGACUUCAUUCGGAACAUCAAGGAGCUUGGUGGCAGCUUUGCCCUACCCAGGAAAAAACAUGGUCAAGCUAAGAUGCCAUCACCUCCCUUUGCCAUGCCUGCCAUCAAAGAAGAUCACUUUGAGAAGACAUUUGACCCAGAAGAGUUUCAGUUUGGAAAGAGAAAAGCAAAAACUCUAAAAGAGCCCUCACCAGCCAUGAUGAUUAAAAGAAAUAGUUUGGAGACUAAAAGCAAACUCGUGCCCAAACGUAUUGGGGCAGAGGAGAGCAUGGUCUUCAAGGCUAUGACCGCUCGCCAGGGACAGAACAAGGCAGAAGUGAAUGGGAAGGAUGACGAAGAGAAGAAAGGGGAGGAAGAUUCUGAAGGGUCCGGAAAGAUCACAUCGAGGUUGGGAAGAAUGUCCAUACUUUCCAACCUCAUGAACUCCCCCAGGACAAACAGGAAGGCCCAAAAGGAUCUUGAGUCAGGCUCAAAUUCUAUUACUUCACCUUCACUAACACCACAGGAAGUGUGUACACCUGGAGGGAAGAGUGCUGUAACACCAUCCCUCUCUGGCUUGAUGUCAAAGAGGGAGGACAAGAAUUUGACAGAUCAGGGCAUAUCCAAGGGUGGGACCAAUGACACAGUUAUGAGUCUGUCCACUGCUCCUCCUGUCCCCUCCUUCUCUGAUAUUAAGCUGCCAGAGCAUCUGGAUAAAUUACUCAAAAAAGAUAGAGCAGUACCUGUGGCUAGCCCACAAACCUCUGAGACUUGUUCUCUACUGCCUGGAGUGGAGGUGGGUGGUAGCCUUGGAGUACAUACAGGAAAUAUUGGCCUACAGGGCAUGCCAGGGCUAACACCAGCAUCUCAGCACAUCCUACAAGCUGUCCCAAACAAACUCCCACUGACAUGCACUGAGGUACCAAAAGUGAGAGGCUGCCACAGGCGUCCUGGAAAGUUGGUGGUUUUCCAGGAAGCACAGUUUGGAGGAGAAUGCUAUGAGGUCUUUAGAGAUGUAGAAGAUGCCACUUCACUCCAGCUGUCUACAGUCAUCUCUGUAAAAGUCAUUAGAGGAUGUUGGUUACUGUAUGAGAUGCCAGGGUUCCAGGGCCGCUCCAUUGCUCUGGAGGAAGGGACCAUGGACCUAGUUAACGUGUGGGCAGAUGAGGAACCCCAGGGGCUGGUGAACCAACAAGAUGUGACCUUGCCCUCAAAACCUAUGGUUAUUGGAUCCAUACGACUCGCAGUGAAGGAUUACAGCCUACCCAAGAUUGACUUGUUCACAGAACAACAGGGACUGGGCAGAGUGUCAUCCUUCUGUGAUGACACAAUGGAGAUCUUCUCAUAUGGAAUACCACAGAGCACUGGCUCCAUUAAAGUCCAUAACGGAGUGUGGAUGGUAUAUAGUGACCCAGGAUUCCAGGGGAUGUUGGCUGUUUUGGAGACGGGGGAAUACCCCUGCCCAGAAUCUUGGGGCUUCCCUGCUCCUUUUGUUGGAUCCCUUCGGCCCUUAAAAAUGGGGGGGUUAAAAGUGGAGAAUCCAAAUGAAGUCAAGGCAAUAGUGUAUGAAAAACCUCUGUUCCAAGGGCAGUACCUGGAGAUUGAGGGAGAGGUCUUUGACUUUGAAGAGAGGGAGGAGGAGGAAGAAAAGAAAAAUGAGGUGGAAGAGCAGAGGGAUGUACAUUCCAAUGUUCCUGCUGUGCUUAAAGAAAAGAAAUUAAGUUCUGUAGGAUCCGUAAAGAUUCUCAGUGGCCUCUGGGUGGGCUACUCUGAAGCAGGUUUUGAGGGUCACCAAUAUUUACUAGAGGAAGGAGAAUACCUGGACUGGACUGACUGGGGAGGAUUAGGGGACAGAUUCCUUUCCCUGCGCCCUGUGCAAACUGAUUACUUGACUCCUCGCCUGAAGAUGUUUAGCGAGACAGAUUUUGGAGAGAGGGGUGUAAAUGUGGACUUGCUGGGGGCCGUACUUAACAUGGAGGGUACUGGUUAUGGUCUGAAGACACAGUCUGUUGAUGUACUCUCUGGCGUGUGGGUUGCUUUUGAGAACCCUGGAUUUUCUGGUGAACUCUAUGUUUUGGAGAAAGGUCUCUACGGAAACCCAGAGGACUGGGGUGCCCACCAUUGCAAGAUUGCUUCCGUGCAGCCUGUGGUGGUGGAUAAUUUAGGAGGGAAGUCCAGAUUUAAGAUCCAGUUAUUCUCUGAGCCAGAAUUCCAGGGACAUAUUCUGGUCUUGGAGGAGAGUGUGGCAGACCUGCCAGAUGGGUUCUGUCCCAGGUCCUGUAAAGUUCUGGCAGGGAGCUGGGUGGCAUUUGAAGGCUCUCUGUUCACUGAACUCAUGUAUGUCCUGGAAGAGGGAGACUACCCAAACCCAGAGGCCAUGGGUUGCCUGGACCCCAGCAUCAGUAUCCACUCCAUACACACCGUGGGCUAUGAGUUCUCGCUUCCCUCCGUGACACUCUACUGCAAGCCUGCCUUCCGAGGACGUACAGUGAUUCUAACAGAGGCCUCUGUGAACCUGUCACUGGCAGGGAUUAAAGGCUCAUUUCAUUCACUGUCAGUGAACGGGGGAAUGUGGGUGUUAUAUGAGAGAAGUAACUUCCGUGGACGCCAGAUUCUUCUCCACCCUGGUGAGGUCGGUGAUUGGCCCAAAUUCAGCGGCUGGUGGCAAAUCGGAUCACUGCGGCCUCUACUGCAGAAGCAGGUGUAUUUCCGGCUGCGGAGUGCAGAGACGGGCAGUGUCAUGUCACUGACCGGCCAGCUGGAUGACAUUAAGCUGAUGCGCAUUCAGGUUCUGGAGGAGACUGGAGGGGUGGAGCAGGUCUGGGUAUACCAAAAUGGCUUACUACGAUGCAAGUUGGUGGAGGAUUGUUGCCUGGAGACGGCAGGGAACAUGAUGAUGGCGGGCAGCCGCAUGGGGAUUUCUCCAGAGAUGGGGAAAGAGAACCAGCUCUGGAGCAUCACUUCAGAUGGCCUCAUUCGCUCCAAUCUCAAACCAGAUCUCGUGCUCGAGGUUAAAGGUGGCCAACAGUAUGAUAAAAACCAGGUCAUUCUCAACACCUUCGAUGAAAGGAAACCCAACCAAAGGUGGACUGUGGAGAUCCUUUGACCCGGACACUCACUGACUGAUUCUUGUUACUGAACACGAUGAAUGGCCUCUGGUUGGUGCCCCCAAAACUAAUACAGGGUCCUGUGGUGCAGAGCAGACAGACGACCCACUGGUCUGUCUCUUCCUCAGCCUUAUAAAGACAUGGACGGCUCCAUGAUGAGGCCCCAGAGUGGGCCUUAAGACUAUUUAUGUAGUUGGACCUCAAAAGUUCUUUAUGAAACAUUUAAUGCAAGGGAGCUUAACUAAUUCACAGGCAACAGAUGAGCAAAGCUCAAAAUCAAGGAUGUUGCAAGGGUUGAAAUUAAGGACAACUGUACAGGCUGCUUAAUUAAGAUCUGCAAGACAGGUCUGCAAGUCCAAUUAAAAACAGAUUGAAUAUGCCAGUCAUAGCACAGACAUAUCCUAAACUGAGUCAACACAGAUUUCUCCUCUGAAUAUUCUCUAAAAAUGCAUAAGGACCUUUGUCUAUGGAGACCAAAGUGUUGUAGAGGGGGAAUAUUUUUUGCAGUUCUACACUUUUGCCACCAGAGGCACUCUGAUCCCACUGUAAUAAGCAGUGCAAGUUCAUGCCAUCCUUUUAGUCAAAUUGUAGCGUAUAUUGAACUGUACGUUUAUGCUGCUUUUGUCCUGCCCCCAAUACCAAAGUUGAAAAUGCAUUGUACAGAAAGCAUGGUACAACUUAUUAAUGUCUCUAGUGCCUCUUCAUCAAAAAGUUGACAGCUUGCACUGAAUAGUAAAUGUCAAUGUAGUGAACUUAACAACAUCUAAUCACUCCUAGAUUACUGCCUUCAGUCUUUCCUUAUUUUCAUUUUCUUAAAUCAAACGCCCUGUUUCUUUACUUUGUGCUCAAUGUAGAUGAAGUCAUCUUGUUCUGUAGACUAUGGAAACAAUGUAAAGAGUUUAUUUCCUUUCAAAACUGACAAAUCUCAAAGAAAUCAAAUGAUAGACUGCUUUCUACAUGUCUGAAUUUUAAGACCAUGCUGGUAACUCAUUUUUAAAGAAUAAAAUGUCUUUUUUAUU